ACUGAGUGAGAUUCAUAAUCAACUUUUAAUUUGACUUUAAAUUCCCAUUGACAAUCAAAACAAUUUAAGUCUUCCAGUGAUUAACAACAAACAACAAUCAACUAUGAGUCUUUUCAAUUUACUAUUGGUGUUAAUUUUUUCAACAAUAAUCACUGGUAAUCCGAUUGCAGAUAAUGAUGGUCACCAAUCAGCUGAAGGUGAUGUUAGCCAAUGGUCAUCUGUACCUGAAGUCGAUGAAUCUUCAAUGAUGCAAAUGUUAAAUUCAAUAAUGGAGAUGAUUAGAUCACAAUUAAGUGGUUGGAUGUAUGGGUCAAGAUCAAAUGAUGAUGUGGAGGUUGAUUCGAGUAAUCGAGGAUUCAUGUCAAUGAUUCACGGACUUUUUUCGCGAUUAAGUAACAUGGCGAUGGACAUGAUGGGUCAGAUGAGGAGAAUGAGAGAUAAAUCAACUAAGGAUCGAUUACAAGAAUCAUCAUCGAGUGAAAGUGAUUCGACCACUGGUACAACUAAUUCGUCGACUUUGGCAACUCGACUUCGAAAUCAAAUGGAGAAUACAAAAGAUCGUAUCAAAGAUGCUUGGAACAAUUUGAUGAAAAAAUAUAACAGUACAAUCGGUUCAUCAUCUUCAUCUUCAUCUUCAUCUUCGUCUUCGUCUUCAUCGGCAAUGACCAUGGAAUCAAAUCUAAAUGGCGACGAUUAUCACUUGAUUGACGAUGAAUCGAAGGCCAAUCGUAAUUUAAGAUCAGAUAAUCGACGGGUUAUCCGUUCUGUGGAAAAUGAUAACGAUGACCAGGUCGAAGUGUCGAAAUUGGAUUAUAUCAACUCAGUUGAACCAAAAGUUUUCGAUAAGUUAAUUUCAUCUGUGGAUCAAGUUUCGAGUAAAAGUUAUCAUCAAGGUAAAUCAAAACAAUUUGAUUCUUUAAUUGCGCCACAAUCAGAUGAGGAUUCAGGCCAAUCUAGGAAUCUAUUUGAUCGUAUGAGAGGAGCGAUGGACAAUGCAAGGUCAAAAUUUUUCGGUGCAAUAAAUAAAUUCAUGAACGGAACCGCAAUGAAUGAUUCGGACGAUGAUUCAACUAAUCUAACAGAAAAUGAUCCCAAGAAUUGGUGGCAAAUGUUCAAACCAAAGCCCGUUAAUCCAACAAGAGUACCUGAACGUGAACCUUUAACACCUCGAAGUGCAUACCCAACCAAAUCUAAUUAUCCACCAACACCAAUGAUUCCCAAAGAGAUUCCAACAAUUAAGCACAAUCAUCCUGAUUAUCUACCUUCACAUAAGCCUCCCGUUGACUGGACAAUCAAAUCGCGCCCGAAAACAAUACCAACCGAGUCAAAGGUUGAUCUGGACAAUGGUGAUACCGAUGAACCUUCAAGAACGACAAUUGAGUUCAUGGAUCGAUUCAAAGAUGAAAUCGAAAGGGUUAAAUCAUCAAUGGAUCAAUCAAAAAACGAUAACCUCGAAAUGGCCAUGGCCAAAAUGGCCAAUUGGGGAUUAUUCAUACGAAGCAUUUCCGAGAGUAAAAAUCUCGAUGAUUUUUGGGGUAAAAUAACCCAACAAGUUAAUUAGCUGAUUGUUGAUAAAAAUACUAAUUGUAAAUACGAUUAACUUUUACUUAAACUCCAUUAGCUAAUCUAAAUGUAAUUGUCAUCAACUUUGAUUGUGAAUCGAGCACCUCAUCUUAGUCCAAAUGAUUAAGAUGCUAUAAGAUGAUCAAUAAAUUCUGGUUCUUUUA